AUGAAGCUGACGACCAUCUUCUCUCCGACCACCACCACCUUCCACCACCGCUCCUCUCCGUCCGCCACUUCUUAUCACCGUCUUCCUCCCCUCAUCAUCAAUCGCUCCAUCGUUGUUAGAACCAGCAAAAGCCGGUGCAAAGCCGUAUCUAAGUCUGGCACAGAAGAGUACCUUGAUUUACUUCACGAAAAAGAUUUGCCAUAUAUCAACUGGAGGACAGAAAAUGUGGAGGAUGACUUGGACACAGUAGAUAAGAUUUUGUAUCCAAGUGAAAUAAUCAAGGAUUCCAUUGAGAGAAUUAAAGCGAUGUUGGGUUCAAUGGAUGAUGGAGAUAUAACUGUGUCGGCUUAUGAUACAGCUUGGGUUGCACUCGUAGAAGAUGUUAAUGGAAGUGGUCACCCCCAGUUUCCGUCAAGUUUGGAGUGGAUUAUAAACAAUCAACUCCCUGACGGGUCUUGGGGUGACCAUCUGUUAUUUUCGGCUCAUGAUAGAAUUAUUAAUACCCUGGCUUGUAUUAUUGCGCUAACAUCUUGGAACGUUCAUCCUAGUAAAUGCCAAAAAGGAGUUGAAUUUCUAAAAGAAAACAUAAGUAAACUUGAAGAUGAGAAUAUGGAACAUAUGCCAAUUGGUUUCGAAGUAGCAUUCCCUUCUCUCAUUGACAUUGCAAGGAAGCUUGAUAUUGAAGUCCCUGAGAAUACUCCUGCCUUGAAUGAAAUCUAUGCGAUGCGGAAUUUAAAGCUCAAAAAGAUUCCGAAGGACAUAAUGCACAAAGUGCCUACAACUUUACUUCAUAGUUUGGAAGGAAUGCCGAAUUUGGAUUGGAAAAAGCUUCUAACAUUGCAGUGCAAAGAUGGAUCAUUUCUCUUUUCUCCAUCAUCUACUGCUUUUGCACUUAUGCAAACAAAAGAUAAAAAGUGUCUUCAAUAUCUUACAAAUACGGUUACCAAAUUCAAUGGUGGAGUACCCAAUGUCUAUCCAGUGGAUCUUUUUGAACAUAUCUGGGUCGUUGAUCGCCUUCAACGACUUGGAAUAUCUCGUUAUUUCGAACCAGAGAUCAAGGAUUGCGUUGCAUUUAUCCAUAGUUAUUGGACGAAGGAUGGGAUUUGUUGGGCAAAAAACUCGAAUGUACAAGAUAUUGAUGACACCGCGAUGGCAUUUAGGAUUAUGAGAAUGCACGGAUAUGAAGUUACUCCGGAUGUAUUUCGACAAUUUGAGAAAGAUGGUAAAUUUGUGUGCUUUCGCGGACAGUCAACACAAGCUGUAACUGGAAUGUUUAACUUAUAUAGGGCUUCACAAGUGCUCUUCCCCGGUGAGAAAAUUCUAAAUGACGCCAAGAACUUUUCGUGUAACUAUUUGAAGGAGAAGCAGUCAGCAAACGAGCUUCUUGAUAAAUGGAUCAUUGCCAAGGACUUGCCUGGCGAGGUCGGAUAUGCACUGGACGUGCCAUGGUAUGCAAGCUUACCUCGACUCGAGACAAGAUUUUACUUGGAGCAAUAUGGUGGCGAGGAUGAUGUUUGGAUCGGGAAAACUUUAUAUAGAAUGGGAAAGGUGAGCAACAACACGUAUCUGGAAUUGGCUAAAGUGGACUACCAUAACUGUCAAGUCAUGCAUCAGAUCGAAUGGAACACUAUGCAGCAAUGGUAUACUGAUUUUGGUAUCGAACAAUUUGGAACGAGCGACAUGAGGAGCCUUUUGGUGUCCUACUACCUAGCUGCGGCCAACCUAUUUGAGCGAGAAAAGUUCAAUGUGCGAAUAGCGUGGGCUAAAACCACCACAUUAGUCGACACCAUUUCCUCAUUCUUUGAUUCGCCACAGCUCUCAAAAGAGGAAAAGAGAGCUUUUAUUGAAGAGUUCAGAAACACAUCCAUCCCCCUCCAAAACUCCAAAAAUGGGAAACCAUGGCACGAGGUGAUGGUGGCACUGCAGGGGACUCUGCAUGAGAUUGCGUUGGAUGCGCUAAUGGUUCACAAAAGAGACAUCCACCCGCAGCUUCACCAUGCUUGGGAGAUGUGGUUGGCAAAGUGGCAAGAAGGAGUAGACAUGACUGAAGGACAAGCCGAAUUGAUAGUACAAACGAUAAACAUGACUGCCGGGAAAUGGGUAUCAAAAGAAGUCGUGGCUCAUCCUCAAUACCAGCGCCUUUUAACACUCACUAAUAAAGUUUGUCUUGAAAUAUCGCAAUUCCAUGACUUGAAGGAGAAUUGCACUAAUGGGACUACUUAUAAGACGGCGAUAGAUUCCGAAAUGCAAGAACUGGUGCAACUUGUGUUGAGCAACUCACCAGAAGGCCUUGAUCGCGAUCUAAAACAGACAUUCCUGACUGUCGCAAGAACCUUAUACUACAAGGCCUACUGUGAUCCAGAGACAAUCGAUGCUCACAUCUCUAAAGUACUAUUCGAAAAUGUAGUAUGACAAAUAGUGAUAAUUUAAGUCCCUAGCUAGCUAGUUGUUGCAUAUAUCAUGUUCAAAAGCAAUAUGCAUGAAUCAUGAAUGUGUGAAAAAUUAAAGGAUUAUACCAUA